AUGGGCGUUGUCACUUUUGGGAUGGAGCUUCAAGUCCCACCUGCAAGAAUGUUCAAGGCCUUUGUUCUUGACGACACUCUCAUCCCUGUCCUCCUCCCUCAAACCAUUAAGGAUGUUGUUGUGGUGUGGAAGGCGAUGGCGAUCCCAGCACCGCCGUUGAAGGCGAGUGCUAGCGGGUCUUCUAAAUUUGCCCGCUUCGCUCAUUUUAAUCGCUUCGCAUUAGCAUCUAGACAGUUCAACUCGGUGAAGCACCGGGUCGACGAGCUGGGCAAGGAGAAGCUCAAGUACGCGUACACCAUCGUCGAGGGCGACGCGCUGAUGAAGGAGCUCGAGAAGAUCUCGGAUGAGAUCAACUUCGAGGCGGGUCCGGACAGCGGGUGCGUGUGCAAGAGCAAGAGCAAGUACUACGCGACGGAACGGGGUCGAGAUCACGCAGGAGCAGAUCAAGGCUGGCAGAGAGAGGGCCAUAGGAAUGUUCAAGGCCAUUGA